AUGGCUGCCCUCCGAUUUCCAAUAAUCCCUUUAAAUCACCCUUCUCCCAUCACCAAAUCCCCCAAACCACAAACUCAUUUGAUUAAGCCUCAAGAAAAUGAAAAACAUCAUCAAAUUCUUUACAAUUCUUACUUUAAACACAUUUCCUCUGUUUGUAAAGAUGGGAAACUGCAAGAAGCUGUUAACAUUCUUAUUGAAUUAGAAUCCCAAAACUUCCAAAUUGGAGCAGAUGUUUAUGGUGAUUUACUUCAAGGGUGUGUUUAUGACAGAAAUCUUGCCCUUGGGAAGCAAAUUCACUCGAGGAUCAUUAAAAGGGGUGAAUCUUUGGUUAAAAAUGGGUAUAUCGAAACAAAACUGGUUGUUUUCUAUGCCAAGUGUGAUCUUUUGGAUGUUGCUUCAAGUUUGUUUCGUAGAGUUGAUGAGAGAAAUGUGUUCUCUUGGGCUGCCAUUAUUGGACUUUAUUGUAGAAUGGGUUUUCUUGAAAAUGCGUUAUUGGGAUUUUGUGAAAUGAUAGAGAAUGGGUUCGAGGCUGAUAAUUUUGUCGUCCCAAAUGUCUUAAAGGCCUGUGGUGGUCUUCUGUUGAUAGGAUUUGGGAAAGGAGUUCAUGGUUAUGUGAUGAAAAUGGGUUUUGAAGGGUGUGUGUUUGUGGCAAGUAGUCUAGUAGACAUGUAUGGGAAGUGUGGGGCUAUGGAAGAUGCAAGAAAGGUGUUUGAUAAAAUGCCCGAAAGAAAUGUAGUUACUUGGAAUUCUAUGAUGGUUAGCUAUGCUCAAAAUAGGAUGUACGAGGAAGCGAUUCGGGUGUUUGGUGAUAUGAGAACAGAAGGGAUUCAACCUACUGUUGUUACUAUGGUAAGCUUUCUUUCGGCUUCGGCUAACCUUUGUGCUCUUCAAGAGGGUAAACAAGGCCAUUCGAUUGCAAUUUUAAGCGGAUUAGAUGUGGGUAACAAUAACAUCAUGGGUACUUCUUUGGUUAAUCUGUAUUCCAAGGUCGGUUUGAUUGAAGAUGCUGAGAAAAUCUUUGGUGGGAUGCUUAAAAAAGAUCUUGUUGCUUGGAAUUUGAUGGUAUCUUGUUAUGUACAGCAUAAGCAGAUAGAAAAAUUGAUUCAUUUGUGCCAUGAAAUGUUGUUAGAAGGAUUAAAAUUUGAUUCCGUCACAAUGACAUUGAUCACAACAGGUGCAGGCGAUAGCCAGAAUUUGAAUCUUGGAAAAGAGGCACAUUGUCAAUGCAUUAGAAACAACCUGGUUUUAGACGUGGCUGUUGCUAGCAGCACCAUUGAUAUGUAUGCUAAAUGUAACAAAAUUCAUGAUGCAAGAAGGGUGUUUUCAUUGGUGACAAAUAAAGAUCUCGUCUUAUGGAAUACAUUAUUGGCUGCUUACGCUGAACUCGGUUCAAGUGGCGAGACUUUGAAGUUAUUCUAUCAGAUGCAGUUAGAGGGUGUGCCACCAAAUGUGGUUUCUUGGAAUUCAGUCAUUCUUGCAUUAUUGAAAAACGGCCAAGUCAACGAAGCCAUGGUUUCAUUCUCAGAAGUGCAAUCUUCUGGGCUUGAGCCUAACCUGAUUACGCAUACUAUUUUGAUCUUGGGUUUGGUUCAAAAUGGAUUUGUGGAUGAAGCAAUUAAGGUGUUUCAAGAAAUGCAAGAAAAAGGGAUCAAACCAAAUAGCGUAAGCAUCGUGGGGGUACUUUCGGCCUGUAAAACCAGUGCAUCUUUGCAACUUGGAAGAGCCAUUCAUGGAUAUAUCUUGAGGAAUGAAAUGCAUAUGAAUGCUGUAUUAGCAACUUCUAUGGUGGAUAUGUAUGCCAAAUGUGGGAAUAUAAAUCAAGCGAAAAGGGUAUUCGAUAUGCUUAAAAUCAAGGAGCUACCGUUAUAUAAUGCCAUGAUUUCUGGUUACGCCUUACACGGUUUGAUCUCAGAAGCUUUUGCUCUCUUUAGAAAGUUGCAGAUUGAAGGUUUAGAGCCAGAUAACAUAACUUUCACUAAUCUUUUGUCACUAUGCCGUCAUUGUGGACUGAUAACCGAAGGUUUGGAAAUUUUCGUUGAUAUGAUUAUGAACGGAUUGACGCCAAGUGUGGAACAUUAUGGUUGUGUGGUGAGUCUUCUUUCAAAAUGUGGAAUUGAUGAGGCUUUUCGGCUUGUUAAAAGUAUGCCUUUUGAGCCCGAUUCACAUAUAUUGGGAUCUUUACUGGCUUCUUGUAUAGAACACAACGAGACCAAUCUUGCAAAGUUUUUAACCGAAAAUUUGACUAAAAUGGAACCACGUAAUUCGGGAAAUUAUGUGGCUCUUUCGAAUGCAUAUGCAGCAGCUGGAAAUUGGGAUGAAGUGUUAGAGUUGAGGAGUUUGAUGAGAGAAAAAGGGAUUAAGAAGAGUCCAGGGUGUAGUUGGGUUCAAAUUGGAAGAGAACUUCAUGUGUUUGUUGCUAAUGAUAGAUCAAAAUCACAAACUGAGGAGAUUUACUCGACGUUGGCUUUACUGAGAACGGAAAUGCAAGCGAAUACGAAUCCUUGAUUCUUGAAAUCAGGAAGAAGUGCUUUCUAGAAAUGUUGCUUCGUUGGUAAUGUGCAGGAAUUGAUUUGGAGUCACGAGGGUCCAUCAUCAAUGGCAGAGGUUAACCACAAGGGUUGUGGCGUAGUGGUUGAGGUCUUGGGGAUGUGGUGGAAUAUCUUAUUUGCCCAAGAUUCGAUUACAGGCGUACACAACAGUUGUGGCCACUGAGUUUAUCAUGGUUGAUUUCCUACCGCCACAAUUUGCCGGGAUUAGUCCAGACAUAGCUUAGGACACCCUUCCAAAAAAGAAUCAAUGGCAGAGGUUUGUUUGAGAUGGUAGAUGAAACGAGCUAGUCCAUCAACGAAUGCGCGUGAACAUUGGCUGCACAAGGCAUUGGUCUCAUCAAUGGAAAUCAUGGUUCCGCAUUUAGGAUGACGCGUUGAUCAGAUAUCUAGCCGGCUGUUGCCGGAUUGUCUACACAUUGGAGUUGUAGGAAUCUGUCUCAAGUUCAUAGUUUCUAUAAUCAGAAGCAAAAUCAGAACUGAAGGUAAGAAAUUAUGAAUCUAAUGCCUCUUUAGAUAUUAUGAUGGACCUUUUAUGAUCAUUGACAACACUACUGAAUAUGAGAAGAUGCAUAGUGAA